AUGAACUGCGGUCAACCAGAUACUUCUUCUGAUCAACAACAUCGUGACACCCACCCUCUCUAUAAAUUGAAUAAUUUCUAUUAUGAAUUGACAGGAAAACAACAAGAACAUAUAACAAAUAUUAUAUUAAAUGAUUAUUUACAAGAUACAGAUGUAUCUAAUCUUGAAAAAUUGAAAGCAUUACAUGUUCUUAGUCGUUUAACUCAUACAUAUCAUUAUACACUUCAAUGGAUUGAGAAAAAUCAGAAUGUUUUCUCGUCAAUAACGAUUGAUACUUCUUCGAAUAAUAAUUCUGGUCGUGGUGCAAAUAUUCAAACUAUUAAUUAUUACAUUUUAUCUUUACCAUCUAUGUUUGAUUUAUUUCCACAAGAUUUAUUUAAACAAUUCGAUCUAUUAAAAGAGAAAUUGAAUGCAUCGAAUGCUACGUAUGUUCGGAAUGCUACAUUGAGUAUUUCAAAAAAAGUAACUGAUCAAUAUUUUUUACAACAUUUUAUCAAAUUUAUUCAUAGUGAAUAUUUUUCAAAAUUGGGUAUUACGGCACAAAAAGCAAUGUUACGUUUAUUAAUUGAAUAUCGUUUUAAUUCAACGUUGAUAACAUCAAUUUUAGAACCUUUAUGGAAUAGUCGACCUCAUCCAGAUAUUCGUACUUGUCUUGUAAAGAUUUUACUUGAUUUUAUUCAUGAAUUGAAUGUAAACGAUGAUAAAUCAGUAGUUUGGACAAUUCUUGAACAAGCUGCAUAUGAUGAUUAUCAUCCAGUUGUAUUAGCUCUUUUUGGUGCAAAUGAUAAAGGAAUUCGUCGAUCAUCAAUUGGAUUGAAAGAUUCAUCUACUAAUAUUCUUCAAAUCUUUGUUCAACGAAUUCAAAUGAAAAUUUUAGAUCAUCCAACAUCAUUAACAGCACGUAUAUGGGCUUGGUCUCUACUUGAUAAUAAAUAUUGUAAUAUUAAUAUAGUCAUAGAAAAAGCUCAACAAUUAUGUAUUCAAUUUGAUAAAAAUGCUAAUAAAUUAUGGAAAGAAGCUUUUAAAAAAAUACUAUCAUUUUACAAACUAAAGCAAAUAUCAUCCAAUGAUAUUAGGAAUUUUAUUGAAUCAAUCAUAGACUAUGAGAAAAAAUUAGAUUCAAAUCAAAAUAAUCUUGAUGAUCAAAGUAAUUUAUCAAUUUAUCGUCGUAUUAACGAACUUUUGGAUAUGUUCAUUUCUUCAAUUGGUGAAAUUGACCUACAACAACAACAAUGUUUUCGUUCUUUGGCUCUAUUCAUUCUUAAAUGCGAAAUAACAAGAGCUUCUUUAGUUGGAAAAUUACUAAUGAAAUUGGCUCAAAAUAAAGAAAAUCUCGAAGAAAUAUUAAUUAUUUUUCAACAAUAUUUAUCACCUGUUUAUUUUGAACAUAUACUUCUUCAACUAGCAUCGUAUCUUGGUGAUAAUGAUGGAUCUUGUCCUUUCGUACAACAGUUGAAUAUUGACGAAAAAUUUCAUCUAGCUCAAUGGUUUAUUAAUGAAAAAGGUCAACCAUUGUUCGUCUUUGAUCUGCUAAAAAAUCAAGUAUUCAAUAAAACAAGUGUUGAUAAACAACAAUGCCAAGUUCUUCUUCGGCAAAUGAGACAAAGUCAGAAUUUAUUUUUACGACAACAGGUACUUGAGUAUGCGGUACCUUGGAAACAAGAUGGAACUAUCAAUACUGAUGACCAAUAA